CUGCGCUUUACUCAACCGAACUCAAACCACCAUGUUGUGGCCCUUGCUACUGCUGGCUACGCCUGUCGUUCCCUCUCAAAUAUCUAUCUUCUCUCCUACCCUAGUUGACGCUCUCAAUGCUGAUCCUGACUACACUUCCUUACUUCGCUUACUCCAACGCGCGCGUUUGAUCCCGACGCUGAAUCGUCUCAACGGGAGCACGUUUUUCGCACCUACAAACGACGCCAUCCACAAGGUCGAUCUUUGGAAUGCAGCUGCUCACGAUGACGCCUUCAUCAUGACCGAUAAUAUCCAGGAGAAGCUUAGACAGCAGCUUUUCUACCAUAUCAUAAAUUAUACCGUCCCUGCUGUUCCGGACCUCCCCAACCCUCCUCAAGUCUUAAAGACCCUCCACUAUCCGCACUCUCCUCUAGAGCCACCCUCAAAGGACCCCCCGCCAAAUCCCCCAUGGAUGCCGGUACCAGGCGGAUCAUUGGGAUCAGAACCUCAGCGACUGCGAGUGGCCGUUCGGGAUCAAGGCGCCUGGGUUGGAGUAGAUGCUUUUGGUAAGGGUGGAGUGGAGAUAGUAAAGGGGAAGAUUGACGCAGGGAAUGGGAUACUUCUCGGCAUCAACGACGUCCUCGUGCCCCCACCCGACCUCGCACACCUCGUUGCCGAACAAUCCUCGGUGUCCUACUUCCACAAGAUCAUUACACCCGAGAUCGCUGCAAUUCUCAAUUCGACGUCGGAACUCACACUUUUCCUUCCCGUGGAUACUGCGUUCCAAUCCCUACACGCUCUGGAACGGUUGUACCUGGAGAGCGAAUUUGCCACAGCCGAUCUGGUGCGCAUUCUGAAUGCGCACGCCGUCGUCCGAAAGACGGUUAAAUGGUCGGAUACCUUUGAGCCCUCCACACAGUUGAAGACUAUUGGUGGAGGCGUUCUGGAUAUAGUCGUGACGCCAGAAGCGACUAGGGUCUCGGGAUCGGAACUAAUUCAGCCGGACAUCUACGCCUCGAACGGAGUCUUGCAUCUCGUGUCUGAUCUACUAGUGGACUUGGAGAUCACUCCCGAGAAAUCGCUGCUUGCGCUCAACUGCACAUCCUUUGUGUCUCUCCUCCACUCUGUCAAUCUCACGGGGCUCGUGAAUGACACGAAUGCCAAAUACACCAUCUUGGCCCCUCGAGACGAAGUUUUUGCGCUUUUCGGCAACGAGGACAUUCCAGAACGGGGAUCCGAAGAGCUAAAGAAGCUGUUGCAAUACCAUUUCCUUCCUGGUAAAUGGCAGCCGAAGGACUUGCAUGAUGGAAUGCUCUUGGAAACCGCUUUGGCCGAAGAGGGGCUCGAUGGGGGCCCACAAGUUCUCAGCAUUGGGGUUUCGUCGUCCGACAAGAAGAAGGAUGAGCGGUCGAUCAAAUUUGGAGGUGUCGGCGUCCUUGGAGAGCCGGUUCCCUUGAACAACACGCUGAUAUACUUCGUUUCGCGUCCACUGGUCCGCCCAUCAGAUGCGCUGGAGGCGCUCUUGCCUCUUCAGGAUCUCUCCUUGUUUGUAGCUUCGGCUUUUUCGGCCGCAGUCGCAGAGAUUUUGAAGACGACCGCCCGAACUUCGCUCUUGGUCCCGCACAACUCGGCUUUCAAGCGAUUGGGCGAUCUCGUGGCUGCGCAUCUGCUGGCACCGUCGUCGAAGAAGGACCUGGCCAGUGUUUUGCUGCACCACACGCUGGAUAGUGUAGAAUAUGCCAAGUCGCUAAGGAACGGCUCGCACACAUUUGCCACGCUGGAAGGAUCCGACAUCCAGCUGGAGCGUGUUGCGAACGAGACCUUCAUCCACGCUAGUGGCGGCUGGAGCGGAAUCAAGGCCCAGUUGUAUCCCAGUGACAUCAUCACCCAGACUGGAGUAGUGCACCAGGUGUCGGACAUCCUCAUCCCCCGCUCCGUCGAGCUCACUGUGGGAAAGCUGAUAAAAGCAGCUGAUGCCACAGCCAUGGCCACAGUUAUCAGCAAAGCUGGCAUGGACUGGCUCAUGGACGGAUCUCCACCUCCACCAGAAUGGGCCGAUGAGCUGGGUUCCGCCGCCGGCUUUACGAUCCUGUGUCCUUCGGAUGAUGCGUUUAGCAGCUACAACCUGUCGCAGCUCUACAACGACGUGCACGGGAUCCGUGAGCUGGUGCGCCAGCACGUGAUUCCCACCCCGGGUGCGGCGUCCGCGACGGUGGUCAACAACAACCGGCCGCUGGUCAUGGAGGACUCUGCGUCGUAUAGCACGCUCCGCUCUGGAGCCUCUGCCUACGGCGACAUCGUUUUCAAGGAAACCGACGCGGGGGGUUAUGUCGUCGGUAUCAAAGGAGCGAGGGGGACCAAGGGCGAUGAUGAUUCGGCCAAGGUCCUGUCCUGGGGCCGAUCGACCACUGGCGGGGGAGUCGGCGGUGUCAUUCUCGUCGACCGCCUGAUUGUGCCGUACAACCCGCCGUGGUGGGUCGAGUACGGGGGGCCCGCUUUCGUCGGCGUCUCCGGCAUCAUCGCCAUCCUGCUCUUCUUCUACGGCGUCCGCGUUUUCUGGAGGAGAGACUUCACACAGGCCACAUACGAACCUGUUGGCGGAUUUGGAAAUGAUGGCGACUCGUAAUAAUAUGUAGGCUAGAUAACUAUGUACUUAUGCACGUAAUCUCUGUAUUUCUACCGGGGCGGUACUUAUGAUAUCACACACGCGACGGGGCGGGGUCGAUCAAUCACAUGCGAUCAAAAGCCGGCCUCACUUCUUGAGGCGUUGAACCGACUUCCGAGGCACUCUAUCCUAAACGCUAUGUCUGACGCGCCCUCUAUCGAAGAAACAACAACGUCGGCUGUUGACUCAGUCAAGUCCUUCAUCGCUGGCGGUUUCGGAGGUGUUUCUGCUGUCCUUGUCGGACAUCCUUUCGAUCUCACCAAGACGCGUUUACAAACCGCAUCCGCCGGAACAUAUACCGGUGCUAUCGACGUAGUGAAGAAGACAGUGGCCAAGGAUGGGCUCACUGGCAUGUAUCGAGGCAUGGUGCCUCCCCUGCUCGGUGUCACGCCAAUUUUCGCGAUGUCCUUCUGGGUCUGCCCGCCGCUCUGCACGUCCUCCCCGCUCUAACGUCGAUCGGACACAGGCAUACGACGCUUCUAAGCAGAUCAUCCUCUCGGCAACACCAGACCGCAAGUCGGACAAACUGUCCACCGCUGAGCUGGCCACCGCAGGAUUCAUGUCUGCCGUCCCGACCACACUCGUCACGGCGCCCGUCGAGCGCGCGAAAGUGCUGCUCCAGGUCCAAGGACAGGGCGGCUCCGAGCACAAGUACAAGGGCGUGUUCGAUGUCAUGAAGCAUUUGUACAAAGAAGGAGGAUUGAAGAGUAUCUUCAGAGGAUCGGGUGCCACUCUGGCCCGUGAUGGUCCUGGAAGUGCUGCCUACUUUGCUGCGUAUGAGGUUACGAAGGGGCUCCUCACACCUGCAGGCGCAUCAUCGUCCGAGCUCAACCUGGGCGCUAUCAUCAUCGCCGGUGGCACGGCCGGAGUAGCCAUGUGGGCGCUGGCCAUCCCUCCCGAUGUCCUCAAGUCGCGGCUGCAGUCCGCACCGACCGGAACAUACUCGGGGAUGAUGGAUUGCGCGCGGAAGACCAUCGCGCAGGACGGAGUGAAGGCGCUGUGGAAGGGCUUCGGUCCGGCCAUGGGCAGGGCCUUCCCCGCAAACGCAGCCACCUUCCUUGGCGUGGAGGCAUCUAGAAACCUGAUGGACAAAUUUUUCUAAAAUCUGGGUAACAACAGGGCCCCUGGCUACUCCCUCCCAGGUCAGUCCGCCUCUAGAGGCUGAGCUGUACUACCAAAUCAGCUGUCCUGAGCGUUGAUUUGUAUACUAUAUCGGACCAAGGUCUACUAAAUUUGGAUAAAUUUCGAGCUUUUUGUAGUGAUUUGAGCCAAGUUCUGCCCAAUUUCGUCUUCUCUGA